UCUGAUGAAAGAGAAAGGGAAAGUAAUCGUAUCGGAGAGGGAAAGGAAACGGAAGAGGUAUGAGUAUUUUUUUGAAUUGAAGCCUUGGGAUUACCAUGUCUCCAAAUUGAAGUCGGUGAGUUCGCGCUUUCUUGCUCCCCAUUAGGUGCACAGAUUUGGGUUUUGUGGUUUUCAUCUGACCAACCAAUAUCUUCCAUAGCUCGACGAGGACAUCAUCAUGUCAGCUGGUUGCUAAAAUCAAUAUGUCAUCCAGUUGUUCUGCUUACAUCAAUCGGUUCCCAUUUCUGUGUCUCAUUUUUAUUCAAGAUUUCUUGUAUGAUGGUGCAGCCAUUCUUGUACAGUUGAUUGUUUGUUAUUUUUUUUUCUAGGUUUUCUUCUCUUCCUAGCUUUUGUUUUACUUUAGUGCUUAUCUUUAUCAGUUUUUGACAUUUGACUCUCUUUUAUUAAGAUUUUGGGGAGUCAGUUUUCUUUAUAAAAAUUUGUUGUUCUUGUAAAUUUUUUGUUUGAAUAGGAUGGAACUCCAACUGGCUUUAGGGCUCUUUAAACGAUGCUGCUUCUGUUUGUUUGUUUACUUCUGAAGCAAUUCAUUUUCCUUGCAAUUAGCGAAGAGGAAAGCAAAUAGAAAGUGUGCUUAUUUGGGAAUUGGCCUUUGUCUUUCUGCUGCUUGCUGCUGUUUUCUCUUUCAUGACUGGGUCCAAAUGAUCAUGUCCUCCGAAUUCAUUCUCAUUAUUUAAUAUUUCUAUUUGCUAGGUGUUUGUUGUUUGCCAUACAUUUGGAUACAUUAUUUACUAUUUUGCUAUGUGUUUGUUGUUUGUCAUACAUUAUUUGCUAUUUGCAAGCCUGGAUUGCUUGGUCUUGGUGUAAGAUUAUUCAUUUCAAGACUGAAGUGCCUGAAGUGAUUACAGACAUGAUAUAUCCCUUGUGGUAAAUAGAUUAGCUUUGUUAUAUGUCCACAUUUACUACUCAUGGAUACCCUUGUGGCAGCACCUUUUAGAGUGUCUGAAAUUGAAUCCUCACUGUAACUUUCCAGUGAUUCUAAUGGAGGAGUUGAGGAAAUAGCGAUGAUUGUCGAGUUCAGCCACAUUUGGAAAAAUUGGUUGAAUUCAACAUCUAAUUCUUUUUUUAUAACUUUGUUUUGGCAAUUUUUGUCGGUCUUCAAACAAUCAUAUUAAAUAAUAAAUAUACCAGCAUAAAUUUUUGAGUUUUCUGCUAGAGCAAUCACAUCUACAUGAUUUUUCACUUCAAGUAUGUUUAUGCUUCAGGCCUUAAUUUCUUUUCCUGAUAUUUUUUGCACAGCUUGUUGCACCUUGUAUACAUUUCAUGAGGACACAGUAUCUUGUAUUACUAAACUAUCCAUGACUAAAGAUGCUACCACUGUUCUCCAACAGAAAGAUGAUCCAUCAUCCUGCUGUUUCAAAAGAUUUUGGUCUGCUUACCGUCGUGGAAGAGAGUAUAUGUCCACUUUCUUUUUGAAUCCUUCCAAUCAAAUGGACAAAAUCCCAAAUCUUCAUAUGAGAGAGCCUGGACAUUAUAGAUCUUCUGGGGCAUCAGUUCUUGGCAAUUUGCAGUAUCAUAAUUAUUCAUCUUCCAUUGCUAUUUCAGACACAUUAGCGGCAGGCGACACUCAACCUCAGCAGAACUCCAUUGAGCUUCCAGUUUCACUAGGCUCGACUCGAGGGAAUCUUGAUACGGUCACUUCCUGUACUGGUGAGCAUGCUUAUGGCUCAUGGAAGGAUGGGAAAAAUGAGAUGUCAUUCAUGCAAACAGUUAGUGUUGCAAUAGAGGAUGAGGAGGAUCUUCUUCAUGGCAAUGAACCCCAGAUUAGUCUGCAGAGAGAGUUGGGCAUGUUAGAUAGGCAGAGCUUGUCCUUGCAGCUGUCAGAUGUUUCAACCAUGCCUUGCCAAGGAUUGUCACUGAGCCUUACCACACAAAUUCCAGUCCCUUCAAUCCAGUAUCUGCCUGGUAGCUCUGAUCUCUCUCUCUUUUGUCCUCAUCAAACAGCCUCCGGAAGUGGUGUGUCAUGCAGAAAUCAAAAUUAUCAGAACAUGACUGUGCAUGCUAACAAUUGCCAGCACAGCCAUCCAAGUGUUGCUAGUCCCGUUCUAAAUUUUAAGUAUCUAAAGACAGGACAACAAUUACUUAAUGAAGUUGUAAAUGUCCACAAGGCUCUGAAGCAACAUUCAGAUAAAGCUCAAAAUCUUCAUUCUUCUCCUAUUAACAGUAUGGAUAAGGAUGGUACUGCAAAAUCAAAAGGUGAAGGAAAGUCAACAAACCCUCAAGACUCUACCAUCAACUCGUCUACUGAGCUGUCACUCUCUGAAACGCAGGAUCUUCAAGACAAAGUGACCAAACUACUGGCAAUGUUGGAUGAGAUGAUCUUACUAACCGAAAAAGUUUGUGGUCAGUGAUGAAAUAAAGGGAAUCUUUUUUGGUUUUCAAUAAAUAAUUGUAUUACAUGGCCGUAUAUUUUCUUUUUCGGGAGUUCUACAGAUAUAACUAGAUGAAGACCUUGUCAAAAACCAUCUUGUUUUCCUGUGUUGUAUUUGGUGGUGGCACUCUCUAUGUGCCACAAACCUGUCAUGAGAAAUUGACUGGCAUGAUGAACACUGUUAUUAUGAUGCUGUUGCAUGUGAGUUAAUUAUUCAGAGAGAUGCUAAUAGAUUUAUACAAUGUCACUGUCACAUAUUGACUUUAAAAUGAUGAAUACAAAUGGCUGGAUUUUGGGAAGGAAUUCUACCUUGGGGAGGAAUUGCAAUCUUAGAAAGGAAUGGCCAAAUUGUUGCUAUAUGAUUAGUGCUACCCUAAACACAUACAAAUCUGCUUUCAAACUUUCAAGAUUGGGUGAGAUCCCAAGAGUAAGAUAUGCACAAAACAUCAGAUAAAGGUUUUAGGCAAUAAUUUAUGAGAAACUAAGACCAACAUCGUGCCAUUAAUUGGACAUAAUUCGGAUUUGUAUUCUGGAUAUCCGUAGAUAUAAACAGUAUUUCCACCAGAUGCAGACGAUGGUGUCAUCCUUCGAUGAAGUAGUGGGUCCUGAGGCUGCAAAACCUUACACUGCACUUGCACUUCAAACAAUUUCUCAGCACUUCUGCUGCCUGAGAGAUGCCAUUGGUGGCUAAAUUCAAGUCACUAGGAAAUCCCUUGAAGAGCAAGAUAAUUCAGAUGGCAAGGGUGCUGGAAUAUCUCGCCUUUGAUAUAUAGAUCAGCAGCCGAGGCAACAGAGGGCCUUGCAGCAGCUUGGUAUGAUGCAGCAGCAUGGUUAGAGGCCACAAAGUGGUUUACCUGAUUCAUCUGUCUCAAUCCUUUGUGCCUGGCUGUUCGAGCACUUCCUUGACCCUUACCCGAACGAUUCUGAAAAACUAAUGCUUGCAAAACAGACACGCUUGACAAGGAGUCAGGUUUCUAAUUGGUUCAUAAAUGCACUGGUUCGCCUUUGCUUCGGAAGCCUAUGAUUGAGGACAUCCAAAUAGGAUAUUGGUAAUACUGAGAUCGACUCAAACUAUUCAUCAGAGUAUUUCCCUAAAGUUCAGGCUGAUGUUCCAUCUACUGGAUGGCUUUGUGGCCUAUCAGAUGUCUGAGUUCGGUCACCAUGGGGGAAGUAGGGUGUCUCUGUCACUGGGAGUACAGCACUCUGAUGGUGAGCUUCCUGCAUCUAACAAUCAGCAGAGCUUUCUUGGGAUUCAAAGGGAAUCCAUUUACAGUGCAGCUGCUCCUACUGUCGGUGGUGCCGGCACAGCCAAGUAUAAUUAUGCAAAUGUGGUGACCGGUCGUACCUGUUUCAUGAUGUUGCAGCGUAAGAGGGUUUAUUAUCACGGUGCCGGCUGUUAAGGCAUCUGGUGCCAGUAAUAGAUAGAAGAUCAGCAUGAUGUAUAAUGUAGAGAAAGAUAAAAACUCACAGUUGAUAACAUGAGGUAGCAUGUUGUGAAUAUACAAAGUGUAGCGUUGUGGUGAUCCACCAAAGAAUGGAACAUGCAACUUGAAUACCAAUUACAGGUUGUUCUGUUGUAUGCAUAUCGACAAAGAUUACCCCUCUUUACAAUUUAGUUUCAGCUAUUGGCAAUCUAUGAAAUGUUUGGUUGGA